AUGACUGCUUUGCCUGACUCUUCAACCACUUUUGUGGUAGUGAAUGUGCUGUUCCUAGGCCUCCUGGCAAUACUCUCACUUUUCGCAGGUACCUACAUCUACACUACCGUCCGUUUCCACGGCGAUUCUUCCCACUUCACGAAUGCCACCGAUGGCAACAAGUUGCGCCCACCUCACCUUCCCAUUGCUAUACCAUGGGUUGGAAACGCUCUCUCCUUUCUCUCCACGAAACCGCAUAAAUUCUGGACAGAGGUCUUUUCCUGGUACCCCAGAUCUGCAGGCACGUUUCGCAUGACAUUGGGUGGGAAUCAGACAGCUGUCAUAUUCAAUGCGCCAGCAGUUGAGUAUAUAUUGAAGGACAGGAAGCUGGGAAGAGAUGAACUCAAUGUACAGGUCACCUCUAAUGGGCUGGGUCUUACAAGAGCUGAGUCGGAAAUGGUCUACGAGCAUCAUACUCUUCCGCAACCUGGCGAGGUCCCUGCUCACGUCGAGCAGGAUAAGACGAAUGUUGAGUAUCUGCUCAAGACAGAUCGUGUCAAUGAGAUGACUGCAGAGUUUAUAGACUCUCUCAGCCAGCAGGUCUCUGCUAUGUUUCAGGAAGGCUGCAACGAGGUCAAUUUGUUUCAGUGGCUGCGAGCUGUCAUGUUCCAGGCAUCGACUAAGGCUCUCAUGGGUCAAAAGAUUCUGGAGGUCAUUCCCAAUCUGGAAGAACUGUUCUUUCAGUUUGAUCAGGAUAUGAUGAGCUUGUUCUUCGGCUUGCCCAAUUUUAUGGUCUCGAAGCAAGUCGCCAACAGGAACAGGUCUGUAGAGGCUCUUGUGGGAUGGCACGAAGCAGUCGCUAGUAUUAACAAGGAAGUCGUUGAUCCGGAGGCUCAAGCAUGGGAACCACUCUAUGGAUCGCGUAUCAACCGUGCCCGCCAAAUCUUUUAUCGCAAGAAAAAUCUACCUGUUCGUGCACGAGCUGCUUUGGAUCUCGGCAUGCUAUUUGGCAUCAGCAGCAACGCCAUCCCAGCAGCCGGUUGGAUGCUCAUGCAUAUUCUUGAUUCAAUGCGUCCAGAAAAGAAAGCGAAAGACGAGCUCACCUUGUACGAGCACAUUAUGUCCGAGGUACGCCAAUCGCAGAACGCAGACGGCAGCCUCAAUAUCCCUAUCCUUACCAACCAGCCUAUCCUUCUCAGCACUCUUCAUGAAGUCCUUCGCAUCUACGUGGAUACUCUAGUCAGUCGCAAAGUCGAACGUGACAUGACCCUUCCUCUCAGCCACUCGUCUGCAGCUGACUCGAAACAAGAGAUAGAGAAAUACUCACCUCGCUCUCUCUUUCUCAAGGCUGGCUCAAUGAUUAUGGUACCUAGCUGGCCCAGUCACACCAACCCUGAGACCUGGCAAAGCCCCUCUCAACCACCACCAGACGAAUUCUAUGCUUACCGCUUUCUUACCACGUCACCUUCGUCCGAAAAGCCAGUAUUCAGCACCUCUCCCUACGCCGGCAUGUACUUUCCGUUUGGAGGUGGUAAGACCAUCUGUCCAGGUCGGGUUUUUGCCAAGCAAGAAAUUCUCGGAAGUGUAGCUAUCAUGUUGUUGACUUUCAACUUCGAGGUACUGGGAUAUGUGGACGAGAAAGGAAAAAACACCACGAAAUUUCCCGGGUUGAGAGAUACGUUGCCAGGGAGUGCUGUUAUGGUGGCAAGUGGAGAUUUGAGAGUCAAAGUGACAAGGAGAUAG